UCUCUCCACUGUCCGAAGCAGCAAGGAGUAUUUACCACUUCCUCAAUUUCUGUGCCUCUCUUAUUCCUCUUUGAUUGCUUCCUUUUUGGCUAUUUCUAAAAAAAAGAAUUUGUUUUUGCUAUUUCUGUUCUUCUCCCACCAUGUCUGGAAAAUUGCUUGUAAUUAUGGCUAUGGCUAUGUUAGCCAUUAGCUUAGACAAAGUUUCUGCUGGCGAUCCAGAUAUGCUUCAAGACGUUUGUGUUGCUGAUCUUACUUCAAGUUUAACCGUAAAUGGAUAUUUGUGCAAGAAGAACUUUUCAGAAAUAGACUUUUCAUCAAUGGUCAUAGCCAAACCAGGAGCAACAAACAACACAUUUGGUUCCGCAGUGACAGGUGCAUUUGUCACGAAAAUCCCUGGUCUUAACACACUUGGUGUGUCAAUGGCUCGUAUCGACUAUGCCUCUGGUGGAAUUAACCCACCUCACACUCAUCCUCGUGCCACUGAAAUGAUCUUUGUUUUAGAGGGUGAACUAGACGUUGGCUUUAUUACAACAUCAAAUGUUUUUAUUUCAAAGCAUAUUGUUAAAGGUGAAGUCUUUGCUUUCCCUAGAGGACUUGUGCAUUUCCAGCAGAACAAUGGGAAAGUUCCAGCAGCCGUCAUCGUCGCAUUCAACAGCCAGUUGCCAGGGACUCAAUCGAUUGCUACAACGUUGUUUGCUUCAACACCAACUGUUCCUGAUCAUGUCUUGACUAAAACAUUCCAAGUUGGCACUAAGGAAGUCCAGAAAAUUAAGUCAAGGCUGGCACCUAAGAAAUAGACUUUUCAUUAAAUGCUCUUUGUGACUAUAAUUUACUUUGGUGAUGAGCUUGUUAAUUGAUCAGGAUUUGUGGGUUCAUAUACAAUGGGGAAUGUAUUUUUUUUU